ACAUUAUCUCUCUUUCCUUCUACUAUUUCACAUUGUUGAAAAGCACCAGAAAAAGCCUCCACUGUUCCAACUCCUAUAUUACACAACAACACAAACAAAAAAUAGAGAAACAGCAACAGUUGAUUAAAAAAAAAAAAAAGAGAAACAGCAACAGAAACAAAAACAAAAACAAUGGUUUUCUCUAUUCUACUACCAUCCCCACCACAUCUCUUACUCCCAAGAAAGACACCCACAACCACAAUUCUUAAACAGACACCAAAACCAUCAUCACCAAUUCGAUGCUCAGCUUCUUCAUUUUCGUCAACUCCAUCUUUAUCGACCCAGUUCGAUUUGAAAACGUACUGGACAACCUUGAUUGGAGAGAUAAACAAGAAGCUAGACGAAGCUAUUCCUGUACAAUACCCAGAUAAGAUCUAUGAGGCCAUGCGUUACUCUGUUCUUGCCAAAGCUGCCAAGCGUGCCCCACCUGUCAUGUGUGUUGCUGCCUGUGAACUCUUUGGUGGCAAUCGCCUUGCUGCUUUCCCCACUGCCUGUGCACUCGAAAUGGUUCAUGCAGCUUCGUUGAUACACGAUGACCUGCCCUGCAUGGAUGAUGACCCAUCACGCCGAGGCCAGCCCUCAAAUCACAAAAUCUAUGGUGUUGACAUGGCUAUCCUUGCCGGUGAUGCACUCUUCCCCCUUGGCUUUCGCCACAUUGUCUCCCACACACCUUCUGACCUUGUGCCUGAGACUCGUCUCCUCCACGUGAUUACAGAGAUAGCACGUGCUGUAGGAUCAACUGGCAUGGCUGCUGGGCAGUUUCUUGACCUUGAGGGUGAGCCCAAUUCUGUUGAAUUUGUGCAGGAAAAGAAGUUCGGGGAAAUGGGUGAGUGCUCUGCAGUGUGUGGAGGACUACUAGCUGGUGCUGAAGAUGAUGAGCUUCAGAGAUUGAGGAGGUAUGGCAGAGCUGUUGGGGUAUUGUAUCAGGUUGUGGAUGAUGUUUUGGAAGAGAGAAAGAGGGAAAAUGAGGAAAAUGAAGAGACAAGGAAGAAGGGGAAGAGUUAUGUGGGUGUAUAUGGGGUUGAGAAAGCACUUGAGGUGGCAGAGGAGCUUAGGGCCAAGGCCAAGAAGGAAUUGGAUGGGUUUGAGAAAUAUGGUGAGAGUGUGGCACCUCUGUAUAGCUUUGUAGAUUAUGCUGUUGAUAGAGGUUUUAGUGUUGAUAGUGCAAGUUAAUAAUGUAUUUGUUACUGGUAAUUUUGGGUUUUGCACAUCAAUACCUAAGAAUGAGAAUGGUCUGAAACGAAUGCAGACCUAGAUUUAGACGAGGACUCCAACAUUUGUAUCAAUAUCUAGUUCUGAAUUAUUGUUGAUAUGUGGCCUCUCAGCAGCUGAUCCCAAAAUGUUAGGACUAUGGUUUGCUUCUUGUUA